CUAAAAAAACAAAAACCUCAACACUCUCUAGAAACCUUUACGCCCUCUCUUGCUCCAUUCGAAAACUCAGAAUUAUUCGUUCCCCUUUAACACCCAGAAACCCUCCUUCAUUGUGAAUCUCCCCUUUUCAGCUCACUGAUGGCGAGUCUACCUCUUCACCUCAUCUUUCUGUGACAGUGAGCUCACUUCAAUCGAAGCUCAUUCUUCUGCGACUCUAACUUCCACCUCUUCUUCAAAUCAUCUUCUCUGAAGAAUCUAAGCACUAGAUUUUAAGGAAGGAAGAAAAAUGGUGUUUGGGCAAGUAGUCAUUGGUCCUCCUGGCUCUGGCAAAACAACUUACUGCAAUGGCAUGUCUCAGUUUCUCAAUCUUAUUGGAAGGAAGGUUGCUGUUGUCAAUUUGGAUCCUGCUAAUGAUUCAUUACCAUAUGAAUGUGCUAUUAACAUUGAGGAUCUUGUGAAACUUAGCGAUGUCAUGAUAGAACAUUCUCUUGGUCCUAAUGGGGGUCUUGUAUACUGUAUGGAUUAUCUAGAGAAAAAUAUUGACUGGUUGGAAGCAAAAUUGAAACCUCUUCUGAAAGAUCAUUAUUUACUCUUUGAUUUUCCUGGCCAAGUGGAACUAUUUUUUCUUCAUUCAAAUGCCAAGAAUGUCAUCAUGAAACUCAUAAAGAAAUUAAAUUUAAGGUUAACGGCAGUGCAUUUGGUUGAUGCUCACCUUUGUAGUGACCCUGGGAAGUACAUCAGUGCAUUGCUUCUAACCUUAUCCACAAUGCUACAUAUGGAACUACCCCACAUAAAUGUCUUGUCAAAAAUUGAUUUAAUUGAGAGCUACGGAAAGCUAGCCUUCAACCUUGAUUUUUAUACAGACGUGCAAGACUUGUCAUAUUUGCAACACAGUCUUGAUAAAGAUCCUCACUCUGCUAAGUACAGAAAGCUCACAAAGGAAUUGUGUGAAGUCGUUGAACACUACAGUCUUGUGAAUUUUACAACCUUAGAUAUUCAGGACAAAGAGAGUGUAGGGAAUUUAGUGAAGCUGAUAGACAAAACCAAUGGAUACAUAUUUGCCAGCAUAGAUGCAAGUGCUGUUGAGUUUAGCAAGAUUGCUAUGGGAGCUCCUGAUUGGGAUUAUUAUAGAGUUGCAGAAGUGCAAGAGAAAUACAUAAAGGAUGAUGAAAAUAUUGAUGAUUGAUGUGGAAAUGCUUAUUAUUUUUGGCAGCAGUGCAGGGGAACGACCACUUGACAUGGACUAUCGUCGUGACAGUGUCUGGUUUACUCAUCCUUAUGGAACAAAAGAUUUUGAGAACAUGGUGGAAGCAGCAGAGCUUUAAGUCAGUUUCAUGAUAUUAUUAGGACCUACCUUUUUGUAUAGAAUCCCUACCUCUUUUUAGUAUUGAACGAUAUUUUUGUUGUUAUUUGAAGCUUCAUUUGAAUUUUUGCACAUGGUGUAGUUUUCCAA